AUGACAGUUCGUCAAGAGAAUUACAUAGAUGAAAGGGUGGACGCCACCGCGGAAGAAGCUGUUUUUGCCCAAAUCGGAUCGUUGUUGAAGGCCCUAAGGCCUGAAUGGUUUUUGGAUCAAGUCAUUUUCAAGCCAUUUACCAAUGGGAUUACCAAUAAAGUGAUCAGUGUUCAAGGUGGCAAAGGAGAGAAGUUGAUCUUCAGAAUCUUUGGAGUUGGCACGGAAAAAGUUGUGGAUAGGUGAGAAGUUCAACUAAAAAAAUAUUUUUUUUGUUCGAAAAAAGUUUUAAAAUACGACCUCUAUUGUUUUCUGUUUAUUUUUAGGAACAGUGAAAUGAAGAGUUUCGAAUUAUUGAGCAGACAUGGGCUGGCGCCUGCAGUGGAAGCCCGAUUUGCCAAUGGCUUUGUUUGUGGUUACCUUCCAGGAGAACCAAUUGAUGUGGAGAGCGUGAGAAGUGCUAAACUUGUGCCGUAAGUUGAUCUACGACUUCUUUGAAGUAUGACUUUAGACGAGUGCUGGUGAAAAAACCAAAAAAAAUAGUAUUUAUGCAUAAAGAAUGGCUUACAGGGGAAGUACCCCAAGUGCGACGCUCAGAUUUUGAUGAAACUUGGCACAAAUUUAGAAUAAUUUUUUUCUAAAAGAAAUUCGAGAAUCUUAGCCCGCGCUUUGAAGAAACAACCGAGAUUUUUAGAUCGAAAGUCGGCGAAAAUUUGACACUUUGGCGGCAAAGAUUGUUUAAUAUCUCGGCGGCGCUUGCAAAACGCGAGCUAAGACUUUCAAGAAUUAAUACUUAUUUCAUGACCGACCUGUGUGCAAAAUUUAAAGAAAAUCGGAGCGUCGCACUUGGAGUACCUCCCUUGUUAGAUUUUUCGCUUGAUUUUUAAAAUACGUUUCCAUGUAUUCAAAAAAAAACAAUAAAAAAGUCCUUGUAGUUUGAACUAAAUUUUCUGCAUAGGCCUGGCACACGGUACCAGCUUUCAAGCGAAAGUUAGUUUAUUUUCUGGAUGAUUCUUAUCUCACUUUAUGCCAAAUUUUUAAAAAAGUUGGAGCGCGGUAUUUUGGAUGAUUUUAGCAUUAAUUUUUAUAUAGGUUCUUCUAUUAAAAUCAUUGUUUGUUUUCAGAAAAAUCGCCUCUCGCAUGGCGGACCUCCAUAAAAUCCCAAUCGCGGACAACGAAAAGGCGUCUCCCUCAUUCUUCCACACAAAAUUCCAUCAAUUCAUCAACAACAUCCCUCCAGUUUGGCCAAAUCCCGAGAAGAAUCAAAAGUUCCAGCAUCUCUUCGCUGAAAUCAACUUCGAACGAGAUUUCCAACGAGUUGCAGCGGCCAUUGAGCGUGCCGCAAACAAAGAAAUCGUACUGUGUCACAAUGAUUUGUUGAUCUACAAUGUUUUGUACGAUGAGAAAUCGGAUUCUGUGAAUUUUAUUGAUUACGAAUAUACUGGCGCCAAUUAUCAGUUGUUCGAUAUUGCCAAUCAUUUCAAUGAAUAUGCCGGUGUGGAGAAUAUUAAUUACGAUUUGUGUCCCACGGAUGAACAGAAAUACAAUUUUGUGCAGCAUUACUUGCAGAGCUAUUUGGGAAGAGAGGUGGAUGGAGCGGAGAUUGAGAAAGUCUUGGCUGAUAUCCCGACGUUCGAGGCGGUAAGGAAGGGUAAAAUACGCUCUUUGGUGAUUAACAUGUUUUAUAAAAUAGGGAAUUCCAAGAAAAGGGUUUAAUUUGUAAAAAUAAAUUCAUUAGAAUUAUUUCAUUUUCCAAGUCUGUCGGGAAAAUAAUAAGCAAAAUUUCGCAUCCGCUGAGAAAAUGAAUUUUGUCCCAGAAAAAUGAAAUUGAUUUCCACUGCUACGACGAGAUUGGCGCAACAAAAUUUUGCUCAUUAUUUUCUCGACAGACUGAUAUAAUGAAACCAUUCUAAUAUGACCAAUAUACAAAUUUUAUGUUCUCAUUACGGUUGGUUAUACAAGAGUUUGACUGUUUGCCACAUUAAAUUCAGGGCUCUCACUGUGACAAGGGCAAAGAAAAAAACCAUUUUUUAUUUGCGGAUAUUUAUCAUCGAAAUCCAAACCUAAUUGUUCAUUGAAAAGCCCUGUUAACUUUAGCUAAUCAAGCAGCAUAAGCUUAGAAUAGAUUAUGAUAUAUGGUAAAUCCGUAUGAGUUUGGGUCAAGAUAGAGGGCGUCCGUUUAGAAAUUUUCUUUCGUUUCAGGCCUUGUUCAAAAGCCUAGCACAUCUUUUUCAACCCAUGAAGUGAAGUUUUCUUAUGAGAUGUUCCACAUUUUAUUAAUAUAGAUGGAACCCUGAUCCCCGUAUUUUACCAUUCGCCUUUUUCACAAAACCUCUAUUUUAACUUUCAGGCCUCCCAUCUUCUCUGGUCGGUCUGGGCGUUGGUUCAAGCCCAAGAUUCCGAGAUCGAUUUUGACUACAUUCAAUACGCUUCGAAGCGAUACGAGCAGUACUUCAAAAUCAUCACUUCCGUCGACUUCUCUGUUGUAAUCUGA